CCUAUGGCGACGUGAGCUCGCGUGGGUAAAUGGGUUGAUGAGUCAGUCUUGUAGAUAAAAUGGACGAUAUAUGACAGCUGAAGUUAGCUAUGGAAGGGGAGCGCUCAGAAUAUACGAGAGAUAAAGUCGUCGACGAAAAAUCUCCCCUCCUUUCUGAGCAAGGCGAUUCAAGCAAUGCGGUCAAAGACAGGUCCAGUGCUUUAAAUAGUUCAAGGUAUGCACAGCCGCAGGAAAUGAAAGAGAUAUCAAUAGCUUAUUCUUCCUUUUUAAAAUAAUUAAUUCGUAGAAAGCAGCUCUCUUACCUGAAAACUUGCAAAUGCAACGAUUAUUUUGUAAUGUGGUGUUUCAUAGAUGAUAUUGCAACAAUUACGUGAACUAUUUUAAUUUUUUUUUCUUAAUGUAAGAUGCUUCCUUGAGAUAAAUUUUAAGGUUUUUGGAAAUCAAUGAUAAGAUUAUCGGUAUUUCUAGUAGAUAGAGGGGGGUUUGCUGAACUGUGAGGUGGGAAAGACGGAAUAGGAGAGUGGAGACAUGUUCAAACUCUUUCAAAAUAUUUACAUACCUACUUCACAAUUUUUAAUACUUAGAAGCUGACUCUCGUUAUUUCUUCCUGAGCUUAUUGACUUUCAGGAUAUUUUAGGCUCAUUAUGAGGUAAUUUUUGGGAAUACAUCAUAUUUUUAUUUAAGGGUUUGAAUGUGUAUGUCUGGGAUCUAUGUCAGUAUCUGAGCAACUGCACACCUACCCCUGCCCUAACCCAACAACAAGUUAGGGUUAACAUUGAGUCAGGUGAGGGAUAAGUGUACAAUUGCUCAGGUACCCACACUGAUCAAAUAUUUUUAUUUAUUUAUUUAUAUAUUUUAUUGUUUGUGUAGGGGCCUAUAUGAUAGCAAUUCCACUCAUGAUGGUUCACACACGGGUUCAUUGAAUAGCGAGUCAUCAAACAACUUUGCAAAGAGGAAGCCCUUUCAUUACAACACACUUAGAAAUCCCAUUGUUACACCUCGUGAUAUGGACAUAGCUGCUAAGUUCAAUCGCUACAGAUACAUAUCCAGACUGUCUAGACACAAUGUGGUAAGGACAAUACGAUGCUAAUUUACAUAGUUUUAAAUAUGGAACUGUACAAUUGUAAAAAUGAGUUUUUAAUUUUUUUCCUAAUUGGUAUAGGUACAAAAGUUUUUUUUCAGCUUUUAUAAAUCCUUAUGAACUUUUAACAAUUUUUUAUAGAAAUUCUUAACUUAUUCUUAACUUAUUCUUCCUAACCUGUUUUUUGUUUUUUUUUUGGAUAAGCAGGACCAGAAGGAUGGAAUCCAAAGUCACUCUGAUCUGAUAAAUCCCCUCUGUCCUAAUAUAAAUAUUACUGAGAAAUAUAAUGCAAGAACGCAAGAAUCCAUGUAUACAAGUUGACCUUGAUUCCCUAAUUCAAAGCUUUCUGUCACAUCUACCUGGGCAAUGCUUAUCAGAAAUUUUUUUUUCUCUCAUUUAGAUUAUUCCAAGACAUAUACUUCCACCUCACUUAUUUCUUGUCAUCCCGAAAGAAUCGAAUGAAAAACAAAGCAGUCUGGUCACAAUGUUAGUUAAGUUGUUAUUAAUAAAUAUUUGAUUAUAAAUGUUAACUGCACCAUAUAGUAAACCUAGAUCUAAUAUAUCACUCUGGCUAAGCAUAGGAAUGUACUUAUCAAAUGGUAAACCAUUAUGAUAAUGGACCCUCAUCAGGUAAUUGUUGGCUAUGAAAUAGGCAUGCCUUUGUUUGUGAGUUAGUUAGUGAGGUAUUGAAUCAACAGGCCCAGGUAUGAGCUAGAACAAUGCUUAGUGUUGAUAUCUUGAGCGUGACACUUCCCUCUCACAGUGCUUAAAAUUAAUGUAUCCACCCAGGUUUUACUAAUUGGUACCUAUGAUCUUUCAAGGAGAUUUUCUAAAAUUUUAGAGGGGGAGGGGGGGGGGAGGGGGAGGGGAGCAAUACUCCUGUUCACUUUACUCCAGGGAACUAGACUAGACUAUUUCAUGUGUUCUUGACCUCUCUCUCCAAUAGUAUUUUGUAGCUUUAACCAAUAUAAGCUAAGUGUUGACAGUCCUUUGAUGUUAUCUUAAUCUACUAAUAACAGCAAUGAUUUCAGUGUUAACACAUGCCAGGAAGGAAUUUAUCUGAUUAUAUGUAUAUUUUUUCAUUUUAUGAUAUUUUUCCAGUUUUUCAAUUUGGAACACAAUGAUGGGUACCUCACUAUUAAGUAUACCUUGGGCAAUUGAUCAGGUUUGUGAAUAAAUAAAAAUAAAGAGUUAGACUAAAAUGAUAUUUAUAGAAGAUACAUUACAAGAUAAAGAACUCUCACGGGUGAAAGACUGAGGUACUGAUUUGAUUCAUUCAGAGUGUUCCCAUACUAAUCCUGAUUAAACAAAAAAAAGGACCAGUUUUAUUAUGUCUGUGUGUGUCUCAGCACUAAUACAAUAUGAACUACAAUAAAGAACAGUAGCUAGUAAGUACACUAACUGUAAGUUAACAAUGAAUGUAUCAUAUCAUGUUUUCCAGGCUGGUUUUGCUCUUGCCAUUAUUCUCUUGGUUGUCAUGGCGGGUCUUUGCCUCUAUAGCUGUCACUUGAUAAUAAGAUGUGCAGAAGAAACGGGUUAGUGAGGUUUUUGAAUUCACAUGAUUAUAAUGUUAUUCAUUAUUAAUGAUAUACGAAAUUAAUAUAACAUGUUUAUGCAAGUAACUUUAUUAGUGACUGAUUAUAAAUUUUAAUGAUGUAAUUAAUUAGGCCUUAAUUCUGCCCUUCAUGAAACAUAGAUCCUUGCCUGCCCUAGAUAGGUCCUGACUCCUAAUUAGUUGGUUUGAUUUUCAAUUUACUGUUCCUUUAGCGAAACAAGGUGACAUCCUAGAAUUUUCUGAUAUCUGUAAGAAGUACCUUGGUAAGCCAGGAGAGUUCAUUGCAAUCCUGUUUUCUGUGGCUGCUAAUGCUGGAGGGGCCAUAGUCUUUUGGGUUUUAAUGAGCAGCUUCUUGUUCUAUUCUGGAAAGUACAUUCAUGGUAACUAUCUUCUUUUGUAUUAGCUUGAUGCAAGGUUUUGGUCAGUACAGGUCUUCAGGAAAUGGCAAAAAAUUUUAAAAUGGGUCACUGUAAUUUGAUUUUACCACUAAUUAAAUGACUCAUUCGUUGGAAGGGAGUUGUAUUCCCCAUAUGUUAUACAGAUUAAAAGUGAGUAGUGCUUAAAUUUUUAACAUUUCAUCUUUAUUUAAUUUUUUAUUAUUUUUCAAGGUUUGUGGAAUCUCUUUGCUAAAACAAUGUACUAAUUUGUAUUCUUAUCCUGUUUUAAAAAUUAUUUUAUUUUUCCUUUCUGUGUUAUUUCUAUUAUUAUUAUUACUGUUAGUAUCAUAAUUAUUAAACAGAAUAUUAAUUUGUGUUAUAGAGACUGUCCAUCAUGCUUAUUCAGUUCCCACUUCCAGAAAUAUUACAAAUGGAAGCUUCUCCCCAGGCCACCUAGAAGGUAUUUUGGUGUGAAUUAAUCCAAGAGAACUAUUUACUUUUCAAUCUUAUAAAUCUUAAAUGUGUGGCUUGAAUACAACUUUUUCUGCUCAAUUACUCCUAAUCAGAUACCCAUAUUUUCUAUUCCUUUCUCCUUCCAUACUCCAUCUUUUGAUUUUCCAUCUUAAUGUUUUGAUUUUCUAUCUUUUGAUGUUCCAUCUUUUCAGGUUCAGUUCAUCCUUUUACCAUUAAUUUUUACCAUCCUUUCCUUUUUGCAACAACACAUUAAAUUUCUGUCAGUUGGUAGGACAGUUUGUCUGACACUUAUUCACUUUUUCAGUUAUUCAUUCAUUCAUUCAUUCAUUCAUUCCUCACUGUACUUGAUAAUUUAUUAAUCCUUUUAUCCAAGGUGUGUUUAAUUAAUUUUCUUUUUAUUAAUUCAUCCAUAUACAAUAUUUUUAAAGUAAAUUGCUUUGAUCUUUGAUUUCUUUGUUUCAACCUCUUCUUUGUGCAUGUGAUAAGGAUAGAGUAACAAAAUUAUAACUGAACAGCUGCCUGUAUUUCAAACCACUUUACCUUUUUUUAUGUUAAUUGGUUAUUUCUCGUUUGAUCUCUUUACAGUUCUUUGCCCUGGUGGCCACAGUGCAUCAGCAAGCUCUGCAAACAGUUUAAUAACAGCUGACAAAACAAGCUUCUUCAAAUUCUGGCAGCUCCAACACACCGUACCCCUCUUUUUAAUUGCUGUCCUGUUUCCCUUGUGCAGUGUAAAGUCACCAACGUUCUUCACUAAAUUUAACUCUCUUGGUGAGCUCACUGUUAUAGAGCUAAGGCAAUUGUGUUUAAUGUAAAGUGAGGGUAUUCAUGAACAGUCUAUGUCUCAAUUCUUUACAUGCAGGAACCUUAUCAGUUGCAUAUAUUGUUGUCUUCAUCAUUACCAAAGCCAGUAUAUGGGGAAUUCACAUGGAUUUUAAACAUGACAGCAUACCAAGUAAGUUAAAAGGGAACCUCUAAUGGAUACUUAGAUGUUACAGUUAGUCUUAUUGACUGACUUAUUGUGUGGAUAUUACCAUAAUUGUUAGAUAGAACUCAAGAUGGGAGGGAUAAAUGCCAUAAAAAAGAUAUUUGCAAAUUUAGGAAAAAAUACAUGGACUGCAUGCCACUAUAAAGUUACUAGGUAGUUCUGGAUAUUAUACAGUACAGGUGAUAUAGAUCUAUCUAUAUUUUUGUUGUAGUGUUCAAGGCUAGUUUUCCAGCUCUAACAGGAAUACUUACUCUGGCCUACUUUAUUCACAACUGCAUUCUUUCAAUAAUGAGGAAUCAGGAGAACCCUAAAAAUAAUGUAAGUGCUUCAAGUAAAAAUACUAAAAGGUGUUGUUUAUUGCUGCCCAAAUAUGAAUCAGAUUGUUCUUGUUCCUGUAAAGAGUCAUUAUGCAAUGUGUAUGGGUAAUCCUGCAACCCUAGUUUAUUAAUUUAACCCUUCAACUCCCAGAAUUGAUUUAUGUGUAACUUUUCCUUAGGAUAUAUCCAUACAUUAUCCAGCAAACAGCUAGGUAAUGAGAAUACUCAAACUUAUCGAGUAAAAGUGUUAUCUUGAUCUGAUACCAAAUUCUCAUAGCUAGUUUACAAAGAAAUUUGCAGCAGCUGGAGGGGAGAAUUGACAAUCAGAUCUUGGGAAUUAAAGGGUUGAGUUGUUUACCCUACAUUUCACCAGGAAGGGUUUCUUUUCACUUCCCUAGUCAUCCAUAGGUUAAGCCACAAAGCCUCAAACUUAUCUUAGAUAGGUUGUUAAAGAGGUUUCAUUAUUUCUUUUAGCACUCAAACUUGUAGAAUAAGCAUAUAUAUGGCAGCUGGGAUAUGCUUGAUAAAAUUUAGCAUUUUAAUUUUAUUGGAAAAAUUAUCUCUUUUAUUAUUCUUUUUUGUCAGGCACGUGACCUCAGCAUAGCUUACUUCUUGGUAGCUUUAACAUACAUAGUUGUUGGUUUGCUGUUUUUUAUUAGUUUUCCCAAAGAAAAGUCUUGUAUUCAAGAGGUAAAGUGUAUAGUUGGUUCUUCAAUAAAAUUAGGAGAGAGGUUUUUGAACAUUGUAAAUCAGUUAGUGCAGUAGACCUUACUGUUGGAUGGACAUGGAGUAACAAACCAGUCAAAGCUUAAGCGCAAGACAAAAACAUUACUUAACAGUAGUAUUAUUCAAUAAAUAACUUCCUGAUAGCAUGAAUUAGAUGUUCAUCCUGGAAAAUGCAAAAUUAAAGUUGGUGCAAAACCACAUUUUCAUAUAUUACCUUUUCUACACACUUCUUGUUUUUUUAAUGUAAUUAAUUGCUCUUUUGCUGAUGAUGUUUUCAUUAUCCUGUAGGUUCUUCUUGAUAAUCUUCCAGCUCCAGACAUUAUGACAUUUAUAGCAAGGCUUUUUCUCCUGUUUCAACUUACCACUGUGUUUCCAUUGAUUGUUUACAUCAUACGUGUGCAACUCAUGUUAUACUUCUUUAACAAAACUUAUCCAAGGUAAGUUGGUUUGAAGCUUUUCUUUUCAUUGCCUUUUGGAAUUUGUCAACUGGAAAUUUUUAUAAGUGAUGAAUUUGUCAGAUGUUAUUUUGUGUGUGUGGGGGGCUAGUUAAUCUGGUUUUAGAUAAUUUAAAUUUGUCACUGUAAAGAGUUUCUACUGCUGAUAUUUUGAGCAUUAGCCUUUUGUCAGAGCAAAAAAAAAUUUGAAAAAACCUUCAUAUUUCACUCAGACAAAGGGCUUAUACUUGAAAAGUGACCAAUCUAUAUCAUCAACUCAGUUGAUAAAAGCAAAUUAUCCUGUAAUUUCCCCCGCCAAUGCAGCAUCGCAGUUUUUGUAGAAUCUUACCUCCUUUAUUGUUUUUAGGACAGAUUGGUGGCCAAGUUUGUUAAAGGUUCAAAAGUGUGAUUGUAAUAAAUGAAGACCUAUAAAUGUCUUUCUUUUUUUUUUACAAAAAAACUUGUGUUGUUGUUUUUCACAGCUUCCUACAUGUAUUUGUCUUGAACCUAGCCCUUAUUGGAGCCUGUGUAUUAUUUGCUGUAGUUUAUCCACAUGUUGGCAACAUAAUCAGGUAACUAAAGGAAAUCCUCAGGAUUACAGUUGAAGAAAUGUCAGUAACAGGCUUGGUCCGUUCUUGGUUACUUCUCUCAAAAAAAAAAAUAGAAAAAAUCAGACAAGGACAUUACCUGGAAUGUAUUACCAAUCUCCUUCUCACUUUAACUCUAGACCAGAAACAGUUUGUAAUUAAAAAAAACAUUGCAGCUCCCUUGGUCUUACUACAUGACCACUGUGCACAGGUUGUCAAAUUAACAACUUAAUUUCACCUCAAAUUUAUUCCCCAUUUUUUUGUCCCUUUUUGCUAUGACGAUUAAAACGGUCCCAAUUUAUAAGAGCUGUCCUAGGGAAAAUGGAUUCUUAUUUCACAAUAGCUCACGUGAUGCACUCUUGUCUUUUGUCACAGGUAUGUGGGAUCAUUAAGUGGCCUGGCUUACAACUACUCACUACCAUGUAUUGUGCACAUGCUGAUACAGAAACAGAGAGGACAGCUCUCUUGGCCCAGCACUGUGUUUCAUUCUUGCAUUGUUGUUUUUGGAGUUCUGAAUUUUAUGUCCCAGUUCUUUAUUACUGGAUGAGAUUAUUUUUGAUAGUUCAAUUCGAUGUUCUACUCUUGUAAUACGGUAGAAUAAGAUACUUGAGAUAUGUGUUCUAUGCAGUUAUGAGGCAAAUUGUCACGAGGAUUUAAUUAAGACCUCAAUGUUAAUGGUUCCUACAAUCAAAUGCGUUAAAUGUUCAAAAUUCGGUGGACUACUUUAAUUACCUGGUGCAGGUCACUGUCAUACUGUAUGAUUUCGAUAAAGUUUUGAGGAAUAUGCGCAUCGUCACUGGUUAGCUCAGUUGAAUUCUCUAUUCUCUUAUUUGAUAACAUGAUGUACCUUUUUUACCGUACUCAUGUUUUUUAUCCAUAAUAACUCAGCUUUCCACACUAGCAUAUGCGUUGAAUCGUUUUUAUAAGAAAAAUUUGAUCAAUUUUCAGAUCAUUGUUUAGUGGAAUAAGGACUGGGAAAAAAAGAUUUAAACAUAAGAAGUACAGUCACGAAGUAUUUAAUGCUGGCUCGACCUCCUUAUUAGUCUCCUUCGCAGUCUGUCUUCGGUUUUCACGUAAUGGGGAGCGUUGCGCGACUACCCAAAGAUGGGCUCCCUUGUGUUUGCACUUUUCCCCUGUUUUGGGACAUUUCCUGGUUCGUAUAACUAAACAAUGCACUUAGAUAGGAGAUAUCAAACAAAAACUUGAUUGAAAAUAUAUAUUUUUUGAAAAUUGUAAUGUAAUCAAAGUCAGUAAAUGCCCUUCACGAUGAGAAGAGGUGAAAGCACAAUGACAUUUGAGUUGAAAAUUUUGCUCUGGUUUUAUUAUUUAUUGAUGUGUGCUUUUUUGGGGAAUUCAUUUAUUCCGUUUCCGUAACGAAUAUUUUGGGAAACGUCUAUUUUUAGGUGGUGUUUUUGCUGCGUCUGAAGACCCUCGAUACGGGUUUGCACCUGAUUAAAAGAAUUUCUAUGUUCCAAAUAAUUUUAUUAAUAUGCAACGGGUAUCUUUGUGGGGAGAGGUUUCAAUUAAUAAAAUAAAACCGCAACGAAGUCAC